CUUCCAUCUCCCAGUCAUCUCUUAUCUUUCCAUACCUCAGCUCUCAUCCGUCUAUUCAGCCACUGCUUUAUUCUUUCGCUCACAGCGCUUCACUCGCACUUCCGUCAAAAAUUACGAGAACGUCUCACUCCUUCUAUCUUUCUCCAAACCACUACCGUCAUUCACCGUCCUAUCCAUACGCCGAAAAUGUCUGCAAGCCCAGCCUCCUCCGCUGGCGGCGAAACCAAGAGCGCCGAUCAGAUUCACUUUCGCUUCUGUCGCGAAUGCUCCAACUUGCUGUACCCCAAGGAAGACCGCGUCAACAACCGCCUGAUGUUCACAUGUCGAACCUGCCAUGUCGGCGAGCCCGCCACCUCCUACUGCGUCUACCAAAACAAACUCAACACCCAAGUCGGCGACACUGCCGGUGUCACCACAGAUGUGGGAUCUGAUCCUACGCUUCCCCGGUCCAACAAGCUCUGCCCGAGCUGCGGUGAAGCCGAAGCAGUCUUCUUCCAGUCGCAACAGCGAUCUGCGGAAACCGGAAUGAAACUUUACUAUGUGUGCUGCGCGUGCGGCAAUGUCUUCAUGUAAUUUUGGAGUUUGUGUCUAUUUGUGACGACCUGAUACCCGAUGUUGGUCUCUUUUCUUGCUAUUUGUUGUGGAGUUAUGGCGAUGCCUGGGAAAAAGUUGCGAAGAUCUUAAUCAAAAGAGAUGCAAACCGUUUAUUGGUACAAGCUAUUCAAAGUGAAAAAGAACAAUUCGCUUUCGGGAGGUAUAAUUUAUACAUGCAUGGGCGCCAAUGACAAAAUUUUCG